ACGGAGGAAUAGCCCAAACGCGAAUUGUAUUUGCUGGUGUUGCCGUCGUCGUUGUCGUCGCUGUUGUCGUUGCCGUGUCAUCGUCAUCGUCGUUUGCCGUGUGAUUACCAUCGUUUCCGUCGCCUGCUGUGCUCUGUUUUUCGCGCGUGUGGAUUGUCCCUGCUGCCGUAGCCUGCUUUAUCGAUGGUGGAAUUCCGUUAACAUAUUCCCCCCGCCCCGUUGUAGUGCUGCCGCUGGCUUAGAUUCGUUACAGCUUAUCAACUGUUACUUUCCUAGCUGUCACUAUCGCCCGUCUGACCAAAGUUAGAGUUUUCCCAUCAUCAUCAUCAUCAAAAGGGUCCGGACGAGUGCGAUAGAAAGAAAAAGGGGAGCACAGGGCACCCCAUUUGUGCACGGCAGCUUAGUAGUGUGGGUGGCUUUGUACACGCCAAGUGGAUUUAAAGUCAAUAAUUUGCAGCUUUUGCUUGUUUCUGGGGGGCAGUUCCGGAUCGUUUCCGGUUCGUGUGGCAAUGGUGACUGGAGAGUGUUAUUCCAUGUGUUGCACACCGUAAUAAACACUUCAAUUCUGGGAUUAACGCAGAUGUUGAGACUAUCGAAGCAAAACCAAACGAUGUGCGUGUGUGUGCAUGUUUCAGAGCAAGUGAAAUACCUCAAGUAGCUAUAAUUACCUCUAAAUUGUGACUAAAUUCAUCCCAGGAAUAGUGCCUUACAGGACCGAAAAGCAGGAAUAUAACAAUUUUUAUCAGCGUCAACAAAUCAACCAAUAGUACAAAACUCAAUCGAAGCUCUUGCAACCAACAUAUAAACAAUACAAAAAAAAAACCAUAAAGAAAACUAGUUCAAAGAUAAACCUCAGGGACUAGCGAACCCUAAAUAAGUAGUUUUGUGUGCAGUUUAAAGUUUUGCCUACAAAGUUGGAUCCACCAGCGGAGCUCACCAGUACCGAUUUGUUGCCCAAGUUCUGCAACAAAUCAUUGGCCCUCGCAGGCCGAUCGCAGCUCCUGCAACCGGACGAUACGCGGAAGGCAAUCAUCAAAAUGGAACCAGAGAACCAAGCCCAACAGUACGGGGAGGUGAACCAGCUGGGUGGAGUGUUCGUGAAUGGGCGACCGCUCCCCAACAGUACCCGCAUGCGGAUCGUCGAGCUCGCCCGACUCGGCAUCCGUCCGUGUGACAUCUCGCGCCAGCUGCGGGUCAGCCACGGGUGCGUUUCGAAGAUCCUCGCCCGGUACCACGAGACCGGAUCGAUCCUGCCGGGAGCGAUCGGUGGUUCGAAGCCACGCGUCACCACCCCCAAAGUGGUGACGUACAUCCGCGAGCUGAAGCAGAAAGAUCCGGGAAUUUUCGCGUGGGAAAUUCGCGACCGGUUGCUGUCAGAUGGGGUGUGCGACAAAAACAACGUCCCCAGCGUCAGUUCGAUCUCGAGAAUCCUCCGGAAUAAGCUGGGCAACAUUACGCACCAUCACACCGGAAGCCACACCCCACACACUCCUCACCUCUACAACUCCAUCUAUCCCUCGUACCCGUACACGACAAACUCGCUCAAAUCAGAACUAUCCUGCGGGGGAAGCCCAUCGCCACCGACCGGCGUAACCCCGAUGCGAUCACCCCACCCCCACUGCUGGCCAUCGUCCCACUCGGUGACGGACAUCCUGGCGAACGUGCACCACCAAGCGGCGGUGGCCGCCCUCCGCAACAGCGGAAACAUCCCGGCGUCGUCCCAGUGUCACACCACACCCCCACCGCCCUCGCUGGGGGCGGUCAUGCCGAACAUGGGAGCCGCCAACAACAUGCAGCAGCAUCACCACCACCACCAGAUGCAGGACAGUGCCGCCCACCAGUCGCCUAACUCGUACAACUACUACAUGUAUCUGCAGAGCGGCGGAAUGCACCACGGCGGACUGGCCAGCGCUUCCGGCUUAUAGGAGCCACAGGGUCUGCUCGCCCGCACCAGCGGUGUGCUGUACUAGGGGUCCCCGAGCAAAAGUAUAGCACCCGAAGCUGUUCAGUUUUUAGUGUGUAGAUAUGUAAGAACCUCUAGGUUUCAUUGUUUUCAUUUUUCUUUUGUUCGAAAUUUUUGUUCGUAUUAGGAACGUAAAUAGCAAUUUCUAGCGGAAUAAGAAUACUUGCUGGUUAGAAAUACGUGGAGUUGGAGGAGUUGAUUGAAACGGAGCGAGAGUGAUUAGACGCUAAUAUCGAACCAGUGCAAUACGAAUGUAAUAUUCAAUACUGAAUUUUUGUUUUCAUGCGACAAAAUAUGGAACAUCUCUUUUUCUGCUCCGCAUCGAUGUCGAUUAACAUCCCACAAUGGGAUAUCUCUUAGAAAUCGAAGCAACCCGUGAACGAUUGUUGUGAUUAUUUUGAUCGAGACAAAUGGAGUGCUUUCUAUCCAGGUUAUCUUCUAAAUUUAUUCCUCGAAGCUACACAUUCCGGGGGUAGUGAUGUCGGAUUUUUGAAAUUAAUCGUUAGUCAACAAAUCGAAUAUUUUUCAACUGUUUGUUAUUCGAUAAGACUAAUCGUCUCAAAAUAAUCGAUUAACCGAUUGAUCGCCACACCGAGAGAAAUAAUUUGUUUGACUAAUAUUACUCAUUUGCUAGAAUGUUUUUGCAGUUAUAAUUAUUUGUACUAGUGUUGCUGUUUGGUUUACCAACGUGUCUAAAACAUUUCUUCGUCGGCCGUAAAAAUGAAAAACGAACUAUGGAUCGUGCAACAAACUCUACCGGAAACAAUGUCAACUCAUAUUGAAAUGAAAAUAUGAUAAUUUAAGUUAACUUCUUCGUAUCAAACAUGUAUUCUAUGUAAUAGGAUAUCGCGAUCCUUUUCAAUUGGUAAACAAAUUUUGAGUAUCGUGAAAUUCAUAGAAAAAUUAUUAAGAAUCAGCGGAUUCACGGAUAUUUUCAUUAAUGGUGUCAAUAUUGGGGGCAGCUGUCAUUAUGACGUUGAUUUGAACCAAGUUUCCUACUCCAGCCCCUGAACAUGAUGUUUCCACCACCGUGCAUUACCGUAGGCUGUAGAUAACAAUCUUGUAGCGCUUUACCUGAUUUUCUCCAAAUUCACACUCGUCUUUUGACAUAGGACUAUGUCUUUGAUUUCUAUAUAGGGGGGUCACUCUACGAAAAAUGUAACGAUUUAUUAAGAGUUUUCAAACGCAUAUUACUCAAAAUGGUUAUUGCGACAUAUGUUGUGUUAUAUAUAAUUAGACAGGAAAUUCAUCCAGAUUUUUUUUUUUUUUUGCUUGAAACAUGAACAGUAAAUAUAGUAAAAAAAGUUAACAAUUUGACGAUUUAAUUGGGUAUGUUUUCUUUCGAUUGCACUAUCCACUCGCUUCCUCCCCGACGCAACGAGCAAUCUUUUUGCCUAAAUUCGGGCGCUAGCUCAUAAUAUGAGUUGAAGCGUAAAAUGAAUUAUUCUCCAUUUACCGAUAAUAGGCAUUAAUUUUAUAUCAUAUUGUAUGUUGUCCAAUCAAUUUGUGCUCAAUUCAUGUUUUUAUCGUGUAGGUCUCACUACUAACAAUUUGUGUAAUUGUGGUCCAGGAUGUCACAAUAUCGAGUAUGUUGUUUGGUUAUGUAAAAAUGCAAUAAAUGAAUUUAAAUGGCUGCUAAUUUAGAAGAUUGAAAGGGUAUAACCACGUAAAUCAGAUUAUGAUAGCUUUAGUAGUCGUGAUCUUACAGGGCUAUAAAGUUAUUACAAACAAUGUUCCGGACAACGUGGUAACGAAGGAGAUAUUGCUAUUUUUAUCUAUAAUAUAUUUUUGUAGCCAUAGAUUGAUUUGACUCUGGCUUAUAUUUAUGUAGGUCUUAAAUAUUUAGACCUGUGUUUAAAAAUGAUACAUGAUGACUCUUUGUCUUCUUCUGCAUGAUUGAAUAAACAGAAGAAAAGGGUAGUAAUGGCUUUAAUGGUAUUUUUGUGUACAUUUUUGAACAGAAUGCGGUACCGAAUUGUAUCACGUUAUGUCAUCUAACCCGUUUAAUGGAUAAAAGACAUACAGGAAACGGUUUUUCCGGGGCAUCCAUUUGAUGUAUCAAAAGAGAAAAAAAUACAAAUUUUGAACAUUGAAAACUCAAUUUAAAUGCAAUUACUACACACAAUCACAGUCCUAUGUCAAGAUCCCGUCCGUGCCCCUAGGCUCAGACCCAUCAACUUUUUUUGAUUAAAGACCUCAAACUUCGAUUUGUCAGUCCACAAAACACGUUUCCAGAAAUAUACCGACUUGUUGAGAUAUAUUUUUUUGCUAACUCUAGCCGUGCUUUUUUAUUUUUGGGACUAACGUAUGGUAGUUUACGAGCGAACUUGCUCUGCAAUCUAUGUUCCCUGAUCCUGCGGCUAAUUGUACGCUCGGUCCGAUACUGAAAGCCGAUGGAUCUUUUUUAUGUCUCGGAUCAUCAUUGAAUCAGUGCGACGGUGUUUUUUACGCACACCCGUCCUCUGCCCAAAUUUCCUGUACAGCACCACGACUGAUACUAUAUUUUACAGCAAUUUCCCGUUGCGAUAGAUUGUCUUUUUCCACCUAAUUUCGGAUGGGAACUGAAAUUGGUUUACCAGCCAGCCAUUUCUUCAAGCUCUAACACUCUUUUCAAGGAUAGGCAAAUGAAGCACAGCUUCAAUCGAACGUAAAUGUCGCGUACAAAUAGUUUUGACAUAAGGCAACACCAAUAACAAGGGAUGCGUUAAUGUUCUGUUACGAGAUAUUGUGUAAUUUUCCAGUGGAUUUUUUUCAUCCACGUCAUACCUGUUUUAACCAAAAAUUACCAAAUUUGCAUAGAGUUUAAAAAAUUGCGAAUUGCGAAUAAAAUUGGAAUUAUCCAAUGCUGUUCAAUAACGGCUCAUAUGAGCUUCCAUUUGAGGUUACCUUAAUUAUCAUCCACAUAUUGCUAAUCAUUCAGCUAUGAAAAAGUUUAUGAAUAAGGGUGGAUUUUUUGACAUAGGACUACGUCUUUCAUUUCUGUACCGGGGUGUAAGUUCAAAGUUUCGAAAACGAGAGAGUGACACUUGGAGUGCAAGGUUUUGAACGUUAAUACCUCUCUACCGGCUGAACAAAGUGAUUAUUAUCAUUCGAAAGAUAAAAUGUCAAUGUGUUAUAUGACUGUCACUUAUUGGUCCAAAAAAUCGCUUCAAUAGCCUAAAAAUUGCUUUGAAAACAGGCUGUUGUAAUCAUAACAAUCUAGCUCAUUGAUGAUGAUUACUUUUGUGGUGGUUCCGAUGUUCCCAAACACGGAUGCAACAUCACCUGGAGCACCUGGAGAAACCGUCAUCGUGAAUACAUGUAGGCUGUAAUUCCUUUUACUCGCUUGUAAAUACGCUCGAGCAAAGAAAGAUUUGCGCAUUCGGUUCCCGUGAUGCAAUCGUAUCAGAGAGCAGGGUUGCCACAUAUACAGAAUAUUCUGUAUUUUACAGAUUUUUCGCCAAAUUUCAGAUACAGAAUCUGUAUAUACAGAAUUACAAAUCUUCAGCGAUGAUAUAGAUUUUGCUUUUAAAUUCAUAGAUAGCUUGAUUUAUAAAAAUCAAAAAUCAUUGAGCGAAAUCUUGAGCGAUUUAAAGAGCUCAAACUAUUCUUUUCGUUCCAUGUUAAGUAUGACCAUAACCAAUCCGCCAAAAAUGACUCAUUUAAACGAUCCUACGACAAAACCGAUUAUGAAGUUUCUAAACUUUAUUCUUCUGCUCUUUAAUAACGUCAAUUACACUUUUCAAUCGUGAAACGCUUCAGUGAUGUUGACCUUGAUGUGAAAAUUUUUGAAGACUUUCAGAAGAAGCCUGAGGAUGUUUACAAUGAUAUCGAUGCAGGAAGGGACUGAAAAAAGAUUAAAUGCAGCUAGGAAACUGACCUUCAAAUCAAUUUGUCGUGUCUCCUAUAUUGAACUCGUGAAACAGAUUUCAAGCGAUUUGAUUUCAGAGAUCUGGUUAUCGAAACUGCGGCCUUGAUAAAAUAAAUUUUCAAGUUACUAAACCUUAAUGUUUUGCGUCAGUUUCCUCAGUGCGUUAAGCAGGUAACAGACAAGACUUGGAUAACGAAUUCAGGCUACUCUGGAGGAAUUUUAUAGGGCAAAAAAUGAGUGACUGAGAUAUAACUUGGUCCUAACUGUUGGAUGUCAACAGAUGAGGAAUUUUGUAUCCAUUGCUAAGGUCGUUUGUAAGACAGUUUUUGAUAACAUUCAUAAGUGUGUGUUGAGCGAAUAUUUUCACUUUACAAUGCCAACAAAAAAAAAGUCCGGAAAUCGGCUGGCACCCACAAUUAUUGACUCUAUUUUGAAAGCGAAGAACUAUGUAUUGGCUCAAUGCGGAGCUUCAAGGACGAAAUUGACGAAACAUUUGAAGGCAAAGUUCAACAAAACUUUGGACCGCGUGGAGUGGUCAUGAAAACUCUCGUGUAUUAUUCUCACGAGAACAAAACAGAUUUAUGUAAAUAAAUUUCAUCAGUGGCUUUUGCAAAACCACGCUAACCCAACGGUUCUUUUCUGGGCCACCAACAAGUUCGAAAUAAUUGAAUUUCAUGUUAAUAACAAUUCCAUACUCAUACUCAUCCACUAACACACAAGAAAAAUUUCAGCAAUCUUAUAAAAAUAAUUAUUCAUUCAUUAAUGGAGAAUUGAUUAAGUUUCAAUUUCAAACAAAUGGGUACAGAGCCAGCGGUAGUCCUACGUCUACCUUGCGGUUAUAUCAUAGAUAUCACCCACUUCUAGUUUUUUGUUGCGGGUCACUAUAUAACGCAACUCGGAACAAAUGUGUGAAAACGUUGUGAAAAGUCCGAUUUUAAGUUGAUGCGUUUCUUUGUUUUUGGGAUUUUUUCAAAAUUACAUAACUUUUGAACUACUCGACCGAUUCGGAUGAUUGACAUAUCAAAUUAAAGUCAAUGCGCUAGUCAUUGGAAAAAAUACUGCACUUGCAGUAUUAGAUAGAUAGAGAGGGUGCGCUAUAUUUUUUAAAAAUAUUUAUUUUGAAAGCUGAGGUUUUUUACAUAACAUAUCCGAAAAUCAGAGAGGCGUUUUUUUCCAUUUUUAAGUUUUGAGUUUUCAAUGCUAAGCAAGAAUGACUUUUGUUGAUUCAUAACUCUUGAGCUACUGAACCGAUUGGGAUGAUUGACAUAUCAAAUUGAAGUCAAUAAGUCAGUAUUUUUCCAAAAAAAAUUUACACUUGAAACAAAAUUGGAUGUCAAUUUCGUAAAUAUUGAUUGUAUUUCGUUUUUAUGGUUUCAUGGUUAAAGAUAGAGAGCGCUAUAUUUUUUUUUAUAAUUUUCUUUAAAGCUGAGGUUUGUUACAUAACAUGUCCAAAAAUCAGAGUGUUUUUUUUUCGUUUUUGACUUAUUUUUUGUCAAAAAAGAACAGCUAAUUGGCUUCAAUUUGAUAUGUCGGUUCAGUAGUUCAAAAGUCAUGGAUUUUAGAAAAAAGGCAUUCUUGGAAAGUGGGGAAAAAUUGAUUUUUCGGACCAAUCUAAAAUGAAAAUGGUUGAUGAAACAAAAUGACAAUUGUACGCUGACCUCUAGCGGCGACAUUUGAGUUUGGGACCCAAAUUUUUAUUCAUCUGAUUAGCCGUAAGGCAGUUUUGAAAUGUUGAAAUUUGGAUGGAAAGUAUUACAUUAUCGUAUUUGGUUACUCUAAACCCGUAAACCUGACUUUUGCUUAACCAUUUGUCUACACAUAAUUCCACUAAUAAUUCCACAAAAACUCACCAUUAUAAUAAAGAAUCAUCAUCAAGCACAGUUUCGUUUAAAAUUUUCCCCAAUUUGCGAUGCCAUACAAAUGAAGCAUAAAUUUCUGCAUAACUCAAGAGCUAAUUAAGCAAAUGGAACCAAAUUUGACAUGUUGAGGUUUUAGGGGGCAAGAAACGUUUCUACGUUGGUUCAAUACUCCUACCACCUCUCUAAGGUGGGGCUGCUAUACAAAUGAAUCCUAAUUUCUGCAUAACUCGAGAACUAAUUAAGCAAAUGGAACCAAACUUGGCAUGUGGAGGUUUUAGGGGACAAUAAAGGUUUCUAAGGUGGUUCAACACUCCUCCCCCUCUCUAAGGGGAGGGGGGGGGGUGGUGGCUACCAUACAAAUGAAGCAUAAAUUUCUGCAUAAAUCAAGAACUAAUUAAACAAAUGAAGCCAAAUUUUACAUGUGAAGGUUUAAAAUGGCACGAAGCAUUUCUAUGGUGAAUAGAUACUCCUCCCUCUCUCUAAGGGGGGGCUGCCAUGCAAAUGAAGCAUAAAUUUCUGCAUAACUCAAGCACUAAUCAAGCAAACGGAAUCAAAUUUGGCAUGUGGAGAUUUUAUAGGGCACAAAAAAAAUGGUUUUAAGGUGGUUCAACACUCCUGCCACCUCUCUAAGGGAGGGAAACUGUUUGGCGGAUCAGCUAGUUAAAAUAUAAAACUGUCUUCAGACAUAAUUUUCGUAUGAGAUUUUUUCACCACCUGCAAAAAAAAGUAUUUUUUAUUUACAUAGAAUACUAAUUUGAUACGGAGAAGUUAAUAUUCAUUCAUAAUUUUCAUUUUAAAAGCGUGUUCAUUCCUCCUGAAAAUUAAGUAUAAUCUUUGACGCUCCCCGAUUUCGUAAAACGAAGCUCAAUGCGGUCAUCGGAAAUGACGAAUAACAAAGCAAAAGCUCACUUGUAGAAAGUAUUCGAUUAAUCGAACGAUUACCAGACAUCACUAUCCGUGGCCAUCUUCGUUGGUGUAUUGACAAGUUACAUUGGUAUUCCCUAAUUAUGUCAGAAAUUCCCACCCAGCGAGCAAACGCAUCAAGCGGAGCAGGGAGACCAGAUUCGCAGAACGAUGAGCACGCAUCAACUGAAGAAAAAACAACAACAAACAAUCGAAAUACUCGGAAUAUACAUCAACAACAACAAAGCAACCUACCGACAGUACAAAUUUAAAUGAUAACUCAAAAAUGAUGCAGACCUAUAUUUCUGAUAAUGCGUUUAGAUGUGAGGGACGAAUUUGUAUAGAGGAAACCGUAGUGCAAAACAGAAUCCGAAUCCGAUGCUCAAAUGCGAUUUCUGCACCCGCCACAAAUAAAACAACAAACAAACAAACAAAACGAAACAAAUCAACAAAUCAGAUAAGAGAGCGAGUUUAAAGCAAUAUUUCACACUUAACCAAAAAAAAAAAAAGCAACACCGCAUCGGGUCUCAAAACUGGAUCGAGUAAUACUAGCGAAUCGUCUAUUUUUAACAAACACUGUACGGAGAAACUAAAAACCGCAGAACGGAAAAUAGAUUAAAUUAAACUAUGCAUAAAAACAAAGAGGUGUAAAGUAUAUCCCCAGAUGUGUGCCUUUUUCUAUAACAUACAAACAUUACAGAGAAGUAAACAAAUCACAACACAGAACGAUUUCUUUUUCCUCAACUUGCAAAACUUGUACAUAACAGCAAUAGCAAUAAUGGCAACCAGAUAGAGAGAGAGAGAAAAAAAAAUAACAGAACAACAACAGCAAAAACAGUCAUACGCGUAGACCAAAGCAGAUUUCCGCGACCGAUCGGGGAUCUGAUCGUGAAGCGGCGAGCGUUGGAAACCGGACGCGCCCCAGAGCCCCCCAUUUUUCAUUCACACUUUUUUGUCGUUCGCUUCCUGGCCACUGACCAAGUGGCCACUUGGUUGCGCACGCGCGUUUUUUAACCGUUCAUGGGGGCAAGUGGGAAACACGUAAUUAUACGUGACUUCUUCUCGCGCCUGCAGCGAUCGUUGCAACGGCAGCAGCGAAAAAAAAACAAACAAACCAAACGCCAUUAGUCUACGCGAUUCUACGUGAAUACAGCGAUUUGCAAUGUAUCCAGCUUCAUGCACCGCAUGCCCAGUGCUCUGAGUUCAGUGCUGUCAUCGAAAAUUCCCGAAACCCUGAGCAUUUUGUUAAUAUACAUAUUAGUUCAAAACAUUGACACGGUGCACCCCAGAGUGCUGUCGUAAUUUGUAAAUUUGUGUAUAAUUGAUAGAAAAGAAAACAAAAAAACACACAGAGAGAAAAGUGCAGAACAGAACGGAGCACACACACAUACACGAGGAAUGAGAGCUUGACGUAACCUGCAAACACAAACUAAAAACUACAAAUGAUGAAACACAAGUGAACGGAAACUAUUAAAGUAACAGUCAACACUAAGAGUAGUAAGAGAAUCUAUUUUAAAUAAUCUAAAUAUAUGAUUUUAACAGAGGAGAAAAAAAACGAACGAAAAUACAGAGAGAAAAAAAAUAAAACAAAUUGAUAAGUAGGAAAUUAUCUAAGAUGCAAAUAGAGUUUAGAGUUGACGGGGAGGUGACUGUGUAAAUUUGAGGGCGAAAUGCCAAAAUAAACAUAACAAAUGAAAGGUGAAAAAGGAAUACAAAAAAUGAGUGACGGAAAACACAGUUAAAGAAGUUGAGAGAGUUAGUGGAAAAAAAACAUAACAUUUUGAAUGUUUUUGAUACAAUGUAAUUUAUAUCUAAUUUAGUUUAAUGUGAAUAUAUUCUAAUUUAAGUAUGUAACAGAAUAUGGCGAAUACAAGAGAGCGCGAUCUG